GUUUGCUGCCCCUGCCUUUGUCAGCAUCCCCAUCCCUGGCUCCCCCCGUCCUGCCCCAGCGCCAUCGGCCCUGCUACCAGCUUUGUCUGAUCCCCUUUGAACCAAGAAGCGAAGAGUGAUGGCAUCAGUGUUACAAAGUGUCGGGGCUACAAUUGGCUGGAGGAGCCACCAGCUACUGGCUGACUUUGAAAAUGAGAGCCCAGUGCCUGACAAAUUUAGAAAGAAGCCUUCUUCAAGCGCUCUCAAUACCCUCCGCAUGUCUCUGAGAAAGCGAAUGCCCUUAAAGCAAGUAGAGAUGAACCUCAGUGAGAAUCCAACUUGGGAAAGUCUGGAAGCAAAAGAGAAGCAACAAAGCUUCCGGGCUAUCACAAGAACAGCAAAAAAUGCCUUUGGAACAGUGUCUCAGAAAAUACAGAAGUCCUGCCAAAACCGCCCGCAGUCUCUAGUCAUCUCUCCAGCUAAAGCCCCUGCAAGGAGAAGUGGCAUCACUUGCUCUGCCAAGAGAAGCACUUCACCUCGAACUCCUAGUCGGAAGAAUAGGCUGGCCACCCCAUUGUGUGGUCCCACUUGCACCCCCAGGUCCAGCAGGAGAGCCUCCCUUUCAUCCAGAUCUGCAAAGAGCUUGGUGGGGAAAGAAUGGAGGAGUUUCUCUUACUGGCUUGGAAAAGAAGCUGUCCCUCUCCGGAGAUCAAGGAGAGCAGCAGCUCUAAAGAGCCCGUAUUCAUCACCUAUCCCUGCCAGCAGAAAGAGAGAGUUUGACUGCAAGUUAGAAUCAGUCUCUUUGGGAAUUCACCGGCUGAAACGUCUUUCUCAGGUGUUCGAUGAUGUCAUUGUGAGAGAGGAGAGAGAACAAGCAAUAUCCAAUUAUCAGUAUCUAAUGGCACAAAACUUGCGAUCUGGUCAUCGGUCUCAGAAACUCUCCCAAUCUGCUUUCAGAUGGUGUGCGAGGAGGCUCCAGCAUGCAGUUGGCACUUGGACUGAGAUGACCUUAAACAGUAUUAACAACGUGUGAGCAAAUGAAGGAUUAACUAUAUAUGGGAGUUGGAGGGGUGUAUUGUCUGUUUGGAUUUAAGUGACUCUGCUUUGAAUAAGCCAUUAACCAUUUUUAGAAUACUACCUUUCAGUUCAGCUCAGGUCUUUCCUUCUAUGGAUUUCUCCUGCCAAUGGUGCAGGGAUUAUAUUAAAGUAUAUCACAUGACCACCCCUGUGGUAUUGCCCAGCAAUGGAAUAGUGAACUGAACUCACUUAACCA